AUGUGCUUCUACAUCACAAGUGAGUCACCUUUAUGCUUAUUUUUCCUGAAAUUCUCAAUUCUUGUGCUCUUUUCAGUAGCAGGGGAAGCUUUGGGGGUUUUAGUUUAUGCUCACUUCAUUGGAUGGAUAAGAAGAGGCGAUGCAGAGUUUGUGCGACUCAAGGUAUUGAAGCUACAGGGGGUUAGAGCCAAGGGAAUGGGGAGGAUUUUGACGCUGGAGGUGAUUGAGAUAAUGGGGUGUAGCAUCUCCACUAAUCCCUCUGCAUUAAAAAUCAAAGAAGAGCAAGAGAGUGAAGGGAACUUCUUCUUGAAUAUCCAUAUUUUGGUUGUGCACACCAACUGUUUGUUGAAUUGCCACCCUGAUUCAUUUAUGUUAUCUUCCUGUUGA